ACUCUAGAAAACUCUAGGACAGACUGGUUUUGCUUUUACCAUCUUCACCUGGGCUUCAAGAUUCCUAGCAAGUAAACACCUCCUCAUUGCUCCAUCUUAGGCUCACCCUGGGUUUGUUUCUAAGUCCCUAGUAAUUAUAUGGUCCUCCCAGGUCCUCAGGAAGGUGGCUGCCUUCUCUGCUUUAUUGACUAGAUUUGUCCUAAACUCCUGCCUGAUUCACCACCUCACAUGCUAGACUUCCUGGGCCUUCAGUCACUGGGCAGCUCCCCCAGCAAAGGCAUUCCAAUGUUAAUCUUUUCACUUGGGGCACAUAGCAUGUGUUCACUCACCCUUAAUUUUGAAAUGUUUAGUAAGCAGAAAACAUCACAUCUGUGUUAUUGACUGUGUAUCCUUGGGAUGUCUAAUAUCGUGUAAUGUUUAGUAUCCAUUGCCAGCUUGAUAAGAGAUCCCGUAAGAGAUAGGUAAGUCUCUGGGUACGCCUGUGAGGGAUUACCCAGAUGAAGUGGACUCAAGUGGUUAAGACCCCACUUCAACUGUGGGAAGAAGCACCAUUGCAUGGGCUGGCAUCCUCUUCAGACCUUAAAAGGAGAAAGUGAGCUAGCCACUAGCACUCGCCGCCUGGCUGCUUCCUGCAUAUGGAUUCAUUGUGACCAGCUGCCUCAAACUCCUGCGGCCAUGACUUCCCUCCAUGGUCUGCACCCUCCAACUGGGAGCCAAAUUAAACCUUCCUCCCUUAGGCUGCUCUUGUCAGGGAUUCUGUCCCAGCAACAAGAUGAUUAACUAACACAGAUUAUCCUUACUGAGAAGUUGGGCUGUUGCUGUAAUGAACCUGGUCACAGCGUUCUUGGGUCUUCAGAACUGGUUUUGCCAUUGUGCAGGGGGUAGAGGUUUGCAGCCGUGGCAACAGUGCUGAAAGCGGAGCUUAAGGGGGCGGUCUGAUAGGAACUUAGAAGACAAGAAUGCUGGGCUCACAAGGUUUCAUAGGGGGAACAAUGACACUGUUGGGCAUUGGGCUAGAGGCCAUUCCAUGUUUGUACUCUGGUUUUAAAAGAGAAGAGGACGACUGGUGUCGGUCCCAGCGGAAGUCGUGUUGGUUUUACUUAUACUUGGGAUCUUGAGGUCAGACCUCACGUGGAACCGGCAUCAAUAUGAUGAGCAGACGACCAGGCCACGAGCUCUUAAAAUUCCUGCCAGAAGAGUCCCAGGACCUGCCCCUGCCCAAGCUCAAUGACCCAAGGCUUGUCUUCACCAGCUUCCUGGGCCACUGCGCUGGCCUGCUGGAUAACACGCGAGCGUUGUGGAUGAGGCCUGGGCUGAAAGCAGGUUUGCAUCGCCAGCUUCUAUCUGUUCCUUCCUUUUAUUUUGUUGUAUAUUGUUUUUUAAAACACCAAGAGUAUUUGCAUGCUGUGAGACAUGACAUGUUUGGGUAUGUGAAAUGACAUCCAGAGGAUUUUCCUGAAAAAGAGAAGGAAACUUAUGGAGAAAUUCUUGAGGCAUUCCAUCUGGUGCGUUGAAGUCUUCAAAGGCUCCUGUUCACCACACCCUGAGUGUUUUCUGAAUUUUGUGGAAUAUCUCUCUGUGAUAGUUGAAGUUUAGGAUAAUCAAUGUAAUUAAAAUAGUUACUAUAAGCAGAAAAGAAAAAAGAAAGUCAGUGGGGAAUGGCUCGUGCCUUUAAUCCCAGCAUUAGGGAAGCAGAAGAAGAGUUCGAGUUUAGGCGUGUCUACAGAGAUAGGACUGCCAGGGCUAUAUAGAGAAACGCUGUCUUGAAACCUCCUGCUCCAAAAAGGAAAAGAAAAUCAGUUUGCAAGCUUGGUGUGGUGGUAUAUGACUUUCACUAGGCACUUAGAAGGUAGAGGUUGGCAGAAAGUGAGUUCAAGGCCAGUCAACAGCUACACAGCAAGACCCUCUAAAAAAGGGGAGGGGUGUCUGCCCAUGCCCUGAUGAGAUUGUGAGUGAGGCUGAAUUCAGGAAUGAUGGUCUAGUUUCUUUGGUGGAGAAAAUUUUCUGAUAGCAUUCCAGUAAGUUUAUUCCAUUCAGCAUAGCUAAUUCUCAGUACUCUUCUUCAGAUCUACAGAGAGAAAGCAAAGAGGAAAGAAAGUAAACCCCAGCAAGGGAGGUUGUGUGAGCAAAUUUUAAAGUACGGACAGACAGAGUGUGACAACAAAGCGUCUGUAGCUGCUGUGGAGAUCUCUUGCUUCCUCGUUGGGACAAAAGGUACCCGAGGGCAAGCAGCCACCUAUGAAAGGCACUAACUUGUCAAAAUGAGCAUUUAUGUGAGAGGACAGAGUAAACUCACUGAGAACGUCACCGAAAACCCUCUCAAAAACAGCUGCCUAGAAGGUGAUUUUGUAGAUCAUUCUUUGGCUCACUGACUAGCUCCUGGUCCUAUGGCAACUUCCUCUGCCAUGGAAGCUCUCCAUCUCCCACUAAUGAGACAUUAAAUGAGACAUUUCCCAUCAGAUGGGUUCCAUGCCCUCCUUAAGUAUCCCUGGAAACCUUACCUUAUGGUUCUUGUGGAAUUUUUUUUUCUUACUCUUGAUCUACUAUGGAGAAGUGAGAUAGUAUCUCAAAGCCCAGGCUGGCCUAGAACUCACUUUGUAAACAAAGAUGAGCUUGGAUUUCUGAUUCUCUUCCUGGAUUAUAGGCAUGUGUGACCUUCCCCAGUCACGUGGGCUUUUUUCUUUUUGAAAGUAAAUCUUGGAUUAUUUGUUUCUCGUUGGUAAAUUCAGCCUUUCUAUUUCCUGAAUUCUUUUUGGUAAUUUAUAUUUUUCCUGGUGAUAUGAAUCUUUAAACUCAUUGGAAUAAGUGGGGAUGCAGCAGCUAAGAAAAUUUAACAUCUCUGUAUCCUGUUUUUAUUUGACAUGCUAGUGUGCUUUUUUUUCUUUCUGGCUUAUAUUUGCCAAAGGCUUUCCAUGUCCUGAUCUUAUCAAAACACAGAAUUCAGGUCACUGUUUUUGGUUUUCUAUUUGAUAUUAUCUAUUUCAUUUUAUUAAUCCCUUCCUUCUCCCUUCUCUUGUUUGUUAUUCCUUUUCUGGUUUCUGAAAGUAAAGCCAAGUUCAUUUUCUUUUCCUUCUUCUUUGCUUUCCAACAUCUGGAUUUAACAUUGCAAUUUUCUUCCUAAUAAACAAUUUUGUUAUGUCUAAGUUUGGGACGCUUCAUUUUGCUUGUCAUUGAUUUGUAGAUAAUUCUACUGCCUCUCCCUGUGGGAAAUUAGACUUCCUUACUCCACUGAUGUUAGACAUGACCAUGUGACUUGCUUUAAUCAAUAAAACAUGAAAGAAAUAAAGUCCAUAAUGGAGCCCCAUUAUCUUUUAUCUCCAUUCAG